GUCUGCUUCAGCUCCUACCCAAGAUCCCACCAAUGCUGGAGGUGCUGGGCUACCUUCUGCAGGGGCUGGAUCGAGUCACAAACGGAUGCAGCAGACACAAGCCCAGGUGGAUGAGGUGGUCGGCAUCAUAAGAAUGAACGUGGACAAGGUACUAGAAAGAGACCAGAAGCUGUCGGAGCUCGACAACCGGGCAGAUGCUUUGCAAGCAGGUGCCUCACAGUUUGAAACCAGUGCAGCCAAACUGAAGAGGAAAUACUGGUGGAAAAACUGCAAGAUGAUGAUCAUUCUUGGUGUAGUAUGCGCAGUCAUUCUCAUUAUAAUUAUAAUUCAUUUCUCCACCUGAGAAAGCGAAGAGGGAGGACGUGGCACAACUUUGUUCUCAUCAACCAACAAUAUCAGUGUUCCUUUGUUGAACUCCGCUUUUUAAUCCUGGUGUCUUGGGUUUUUUGCUUGUAAUAACCCAUAAGCAGUUGGUGUGAUGUGGUUUGGAAUUCUGUUGUUCCCAUAAGAAAAUGUACCAGCUAAAUACUGCCAAGUAGUUCCAUACACUGUCUUAGCACUGUGUCUUAAAAUGUGUCUGCACUGACCUUCAGGAACUAGUGUAUGAAAAGCACCGUAA